AAAGGCAAGCGAAGCGUAGUGGAGGAAAUGCACGGGAUUUGUGCUCUGUUGAAAUAAUACGUCAUCUUUUAUUCCAAAGUGAUUUCAUAAAUUCGUUUGUAAUUUCGAUUACAACUACUAUUUAUUGUUUAAACAACAGAAUGCCGGCAGCGCGAGGAGUAAAACGGACAGCAUCCAAAUCUUCGGCCACUGCAUCAACCGCAGCACCAAAAAAUAAGAAAAAACGUGGAACAAUACAACUAGACAUCCCAGCAGCGCCUAAGAAAAGAGGCCGUAUCUUUAGUUGCGGACAGGGGGAUGUGGGACAGCUUGGCCUCGGUGAAGAUGUUGUUGAGACUACCAAGUUCAAACAUGUGUCAGCCCUUGGUGACAAGAUAGUGGAUGUAUGCGCAGGUGGAAUGCACACAGUAGCUCUAGACAGUGAUGGCAAGGUGUGGACAUUUGGUUGCAACGAUGAAGGUGCUCUAGGACGGAAUACCAACGGUGAAAAGGACGAGGGCACUCCUAAAACUGUUACACUUCCCAAAAAGGCUGUAGCUAUAUCAGCAGGGGACUCGCACACUGCAGCACUUUUGGACAAUGGAGAUGUGUAUGCUUGGGGAGCUUUCCGGGAUUCACAUGGCAGCAUGGGUCUGGUUGUCCGUGGCAGAGAAGGCAAGGCGUGCCGAGAACCCGUCCGACUGGAUAUCGGAGAAACCGCAGCUGGUAUAGCUUCGGGUGGAGACCAUCUAGUUGUGUUGUCUACAUCAGGCUCAGUAUACACAAUGGGCUGUGGGGAACAGGGCCAAUUGGGCAGACUGUCCCAACGUUCUGCUUCACGGGAUGCCAGACAAGGGUUCAGUGCGUUGCUGGUGCCAUCCAAGGUGAUCCUAAAGUGUGGGGCUUCUCGCGUGUGGGCGGGCUACCACGCCACCUUCAUACUGGACGCGGCCGGGGAGAAAGUGUUCGCAUGGGGACUCAAUAACUACGGACAACUUGGUAUAACGGGGGAGAAACGCAAGACAGCGAUAUUUUCGCCUACGGAAUGCGACGCGUUCAACAUCGGCGUGACGUGGAGCGAGAUCGCGUGCGGCCAGCAUCACUCGCUGGCUCUCGAUACCACGGGACAAGUGUACGCACUGGGACGCAACGAGUACGGCAGGUUAGGAUUAGGCGAGAAGUCUGGCGACGCUGAAGUCCUGGAACCGAUACCGAAGCUGCAGGACAAGAAGUGCAUUUGCAUAGCGGCUGGCACCUGCAAUUCCUUUGCAAUCACCGACGCGGGCGAGGUGUUCGCUUGGGGAAUGGGCAGCGAAGGGCAGCUGGGCACGGGCGCGGCGGCCGACGUCAGCGAGCCCGCGCCCGCGCUCGCCGCCGCGUACCAGGCGCGCCCUGCGGUCCGCGUGUCCGCCGGCGGACAGCACGCCGCGCUGCUGCUGCCCGAGGACGAGUCUACAGCAGAAUCGCCAGCGCCAGAGGACGAGAAGGAGGAGGUAGAACAAGAAAAAGAGGAGACUGAGGAGAAGCAGCAGCCAGAAAAAGAAAAAGAGAAGGAGAAGACGAAAGGACGGCCGACGAAAAGACAGAAGAAGCAAGAGCAAGAUGAGGAGAUAUCGUCAACGUCCAGUGCGCAGGCGAGUGAGGUUACGGAGGAAAAGCCACAGAAGGUAAAUGGAGACGAGCAAAAAGAGACUCCCAUGGAAGUUGACGAAACUGACAAGCAAGAGGACAAAAAAGUUGAGGAACCCAAAUC